AUCUCCGUUGAUGAAGGAAAAAAAUGCUCUGGUGAAGAGACAAAAGAAGCCAGAGCACAAAACAAUACAGGAAUUUUUCAGGAGCUGAAUAUUUUCUUGCCUUUGAUGAGAGCAUUCUGGACCAGGCACCAUUUUCUUAGUGUGAUGAGAUGCUAAUGAAGUUCUGCUUUCCAGAAGGUGCUUCAGCACCGUCUUUGUUGACCACAUUUCCAAGCAUGCUGGUUAGCAGAACAAAUGCUUCUAACUGCACCACUUUUAGCUGUGGUGCAGCCACAAACAAUGCAAAGCAAAGUCUCAUACCGUUUAUUUAUAGUAGUGUCCACAGUGUGCUGGGCCUUUCUCACACGUUCAACAUUGGGUGAGUCAACCAAAGUUAUGUGAAGAGGACCGGCAGCAGGCAAUGUCUGUACAAACUGAAUCUAUUCACGGGCAAAUAGAUUUUUGAGAGUCAUAAAUAGGAAAGGGUGGGAGUAUCUGGAUGAAAUUGUGCCAAACAUAGGGAGUGCCAUGUGGGAAGAGGCAUGCGUUGAUUACAUGAAAGUUGAUGUGUGGGUAGAUGACAUCUAAUCAAUCCAUGGAGUGAUAAGUUGGGGUUCUCAGAAGUCAGUGCAGGGUUUUGCAGGAACCGUAAAAUCUUAAGCUUCCCUCUGAGUGAGAAAGACCACAGGACCCUGGUGCACAAACUGCUUUCUGAAUUACUUUAUCUGAUGGGAUGAAACUGGGAAGAGUGUUUGUGGCAAUGUUCGCUCUUAAAAAAAACCAUUUUGGCACCUUGUGUGAGAGCAGAGACACUGUCAUCCCACCACCCUACAGAAUUUCUGCUGUGCCGAGCAGUGCUUGCACAGGUGGGAGGUGCUGCUCUGGGGCUUGAACUCUUGCUGCCAGGUCUGGAUAGCUGAGUAGCUGGGUGUCCCUCCUGAGCAGGUCACUGCUUUGAUGUGUGACCUUCAGUGAUCUGGGAACAUCUUCCUGCCUUUCCCCACUGUGAAAUCAAUGCACUCCCUACCUCCCUAGGUUCAGUAAUGAAGUGCUUGAAAAAGUAUUUUGGGACACUUGGCAGCAAGAAUUCUCAUCUAGUCGGACCCAACAUUCAUCGUGCCCCAUCUAAAGAUGGAGCUGCUGAAGGGAUUUCCAUUGCGACGUGCUUUCCUGGCUGUCAUCCUGAACCUGCUGGCUCUCAGCCUUUCCACCACUGCCUUGCUUGGCAGCUACUGGUGCACCGGGACCCAAAAAGUGCCCAAGCCUCUGUGUGGGAAGAGCAAAGCCACCAAGUGCAUUGGUGUCCCCAUGCCGUCUGACGCAGGUGCUAGCAAUGUUUCAUCCCAGGAGGAGGUGCAUUACAGCUGGGAGACUGGAGAUGACCGCUUUGCCUUCAGAUACUUCCACACUGGGAUGUGGCUUUCCUGUGAAGAGAGCAUGGAAGGGCCAGAGGAGAAAUGCCGUAGCUUUAUUGAGCUUUCACCACCAGCAGAGAGAGGAAUCCUGUGGCUGUCACUGGGAUCGGAGAUGCUGUACAUCAGCUUGCUGCUCAUCAGCUUCAUCCUCAUGAUGGUGGAAAUGCUGCAUACGGGCAAUCCUGUCUGUGGGUUGAAACUCAAUGCCUUUGCUGCUGUCUCCUCGGUGUUGUCAGGUCUCCUUGGGAUGGUAGCACACAUGAUGUAUACUCAAGUCUUCCAGGCAACGGUUAGUCUGGGACCAGAGGACUGGAGACCGCACUCAUGGGACUAUGGCUGGGCAUACUACAUGGCCUGGGCCUCCUUCACCUGCUGCAUGGCCUCUGCUGUCACCACUCUCAACACCUACACCAAGACGGUGCUGGAGUUCAAAAGGAACCACAUGAAGGGCUACAAUGGGAGUUUCAAGGAUCAACCUCAGCACCACCAGUGCUUCAUACAGCAGCAAAUAAGCAGCUACUAUGAACCCCAGGCCAAGAUCCUCCAUUCAGUCUCUGAAGGAGUCGACUUCUACUCGGAGCUGCAGCAGAAAGUGCUACAGCGGGAACCAGAGCUGGAGCUGGACGAGGUUUUGGGACAGACGAUCGGGGAGGAUCACUGUUAG